UUUCCGUUCGACCUCUUGGGGCUUAGACGACACCAACUGCGAUGAGCUCGACCGCUGCUGCCCCGCCCGCGCCGACGCCGACGAUCAACGCGACUUCGAGCAUCCUCGAGAAGGUCCCUCGCCUCAUGGAUGAGCUGCCCAAGCACGCCAAGCCGGCUGCUCUGGCGGACAAGGUGCUCGGCUAUGGUACCGCGGGCUUCCGCGACAACGCCGACAUCCUCGGCUCGACGUUCCACCGCAUGGGCAUGCUCGCAGUCCUCCGCUCCAAGAAGGAGCACAAGAUCACGGGCCUCAUGGUCACCGCCUCGCACAACGCGGCGCCUGACAACGGCGUCAAGCUCGUCGACGCGGACGGCGGUAUGCUCGCGCAGUCGUGGGAAAAGUACGCGAUGCAGCUCGCGAACGCCAACACGGACAAGGUGGUCGAGGUGCUCGACAGCAUCGUCCGCGCCGAGAAGAUCGACUUGGAUACGACCGGCAACAUCUUUAUUGCCAAGGAUACGCGCGUCUCGAGCGAGCACUUGUCGGAACUCGCGCGCGAGGGCGCGCUCCUCCUUGGCGGCAAUGUCUUGGAUUUUGGUCUGCAGACGACGCCGCAGCUCCACCACUACAUCCGCAUGUGGAACCACGAGCAGUACAACAAGGGCGACUGGGCUUCCGAGACCGGCUACUACAACAUGCUUGUUGAUGCGUUCAAGCAGCUCACGACCGGCGUCGACCCCAAGAAGCUCGAACUGCGCACGCCGCUGUACGUUGACUGCGCGCACGGCGUCGGUGCCCUCCAGCUCACCAAGCUCGCCAAGGAGCUCGGCGACAUGCUCCACGUCGAAAUCCGCAACACGCCCGAAGACGGUGUUCUCAACCACGAAUGCGGCGCUGAACACGCCCAGAAGGCGCGCAAGCACCCCGCCGGCUUUUCCCGCGACGCAGACCGCGGCAAGCGCGCGUGCAGCCUCGACGGUGACGCCGACCGCAUCGUGUUUCACUACUUUGACGACGCUGGCGAGUGGCACUUGCUCGACGGUGACAAGAUUGCGUGUCUCUUUGCGGGCUUCUUUGCCGAGAAGCUCAAGGCGCUCGAUCUGACGCACGAGGUGUCGCUCGGCGUCGUUCAGACUGCGUACGCCAACGGCGCGGCCAACGCGUACCUCGCGUCGCAGAACGUCCAGGUCGUCAUGGCCAAGACAGGCGUCAAGUUUUGCCACCACAAGGCGCUCGACUACGACAUUGGCAUCUACUUUGAGGCCAACGGCCACGGCACGGUCAUGAUCAAGGACAGCGUCAUGGACCGCCUCCACCGCCUCGAGGGCUCGGUCUCGGACGAGAAGAAGAAGCACGCGCUCUCGCACCUCCUUGCCGCGUACCAGCUCAUCAACCAGGCGGUCGGCGAUGCGCUCAGCGACCUCCUCUUCACCGAAGUGCUCUUGAUCCAGCGCGACUGGUCGAUUACGCAGUGGGAUGGCAUCUACAGUGACCUUCCGAGCCGCCAGACCAAGGUCAAGAUCGCGGACCGCACGAUCGUCAAGUGCACGGAAGACGAGACGCAGGCGACGGCGCCCGAGGCGCUCAAGGACGCGAUUUCAGCGCUCGUGGCCGCUGCCGGGCCGAGUGCCCGCGCCUUUGUGCGACCGUCGGGCACGGAGGACGCAGUCCGUGUGUACGCCGAGGCGGCGACGCAGGACGGCGCGGACGCCCUUGCGCUCAAGGUGGCGCAGGCCGUCCACGAACACGCGGGUGGCGUCGGUGACAUGCCGUCGACCUUUGUCGCGUAAGAGGUUAAUAUGAUGAAUCUGCCUGUUGAAAUGCGUCGAAGAUACGACGCAAUAGCGCAGUAGGAUUAAAUAAGGUACGAGGACUAGCAGAGCGU